UAUGGUUUUGGUUAUCAUCAUUCACCACAGUCUGCAUUCGAGGAUUUUACGUUUGAGAGAAUCCUUAAAGUCAUCAAGAUCAACUCUAUGGUGCCUUGCAAAACGGAAGGAUGUGAGAAACUAAGCUACGUUGAUCAUGUUAUCCCUACACUUCCUUCUGUUUUUACCAUUGCACUAGAGUGGGAGAACAAUGAGACUGAAGAAGAGAUACUUGCUACCACUUCUGUUCUCGUUACUGAAAUAGAUAUUAGUGAGAUUUACAAAUACGAAGGUGGAUCACCAGAGACCAAAUACAAUCUUGUGUCAAUGGUUUGCUCGCAUGGAGAUCAAUACGCUUGUGUUGCUUACCUUAACAAUCGAUGGCUCAUUUACUUUCCUUCUGAGCAACAGGUUAUAGGUGACUGGGAUAGUGUUAUCAACACUUUUAUACGACUGAAUAUGCGACCUGACAUUCUAUUUUUUGAAAACGAUAUGCAGAGAAAGCGGAUUGUGAACGCACAGAUAAAUACACCAAGUGAUGUGAAAAAUACGACUAUACAAAAAUGGGACCAACUGCAAAAUUUUAUGUUUUCCCUUCAGCCUCAAUCCUCCUGAGUUGGUAUGAUGUAGUCACUGAAUAAAAGUACUAUUUUCUAAAUGCACAGCUUACUUCGGUUUGUUAUUAAGGAUACAGUGUGUUGUUAAUUGGAAGAUUUGCUUACUUUUCCCUCUGUGAAUUGUAAUAUCUUUCAUCAAAUUUCCCCCCUGUGAUAUAUUAUAUUAGACAUUAAAAAAGUUCACUUCAGGAAUUGUCUGCAGUUCUUAAAGUAACUUCACAGCGCAUUGUAAUUUCAACUCAUCAACACAACUUCUUUUGAACUAGAACAGAAUAUGAAAACACUCUUACCUACAGCCAGUGUCAUGACACACAUGUCUGACCCAUCAAGUUUACAAAUUCAACUCGAGAAACACAAGGGAAACUACUUCGUCUUUUGUAAGAUGUUGUUCAUAUACAACCUAAUUUGUAUUUAUACACGUACACUAGGGAUGGUAAAAAUGAUGAACCAAAUCUGUUAUACUUCACUGACAUGAAUAUCAAUAUGCCUUAAUCAGAUGACGAACACACUGUUUCUACAUUGGAAUAUGUCAUUCCGUUACAUUUGCUAAACCAUCGAUUAGUGGGCGGCUUCAUACAACAGAAUCUUAGGCCGAACCUUCCUUUCCCCACAGAAUCUGAUCACACUCUCCCAGUUGCCAACAGCCUGUGGUAUCACCACGCAACAUACUAACAAUGUCUCAGUUCACAACUCAAACUCAACUCAACAAGCA